AUGGCGGACGGAGGAGCAGCGAGUCAAGAUGAGAGUUCAGCCGCGGCGGCAGCAGCAGCAGACUCAAGAAUGAACAAUCCGUCAGAAACCAGUAAACCAUCUAUGGAGAGUGGAGAUAGCAACACAGGCACACAAACCAAUGGUCUGGACUUUCAGAAGCAGCCUGUGCCCGUUGGGGGAGCCAUCUCGACAGCCCAGGCCCAGGCUUUCCUUGGACAUCUCCAUCAGGUCCAGCUCGCUGGAACAAGUUUACAGGCUGCUGCUCAGUCUCUGAAUGUACAGUCUAAACCUAAUGAAGAAUCGGGGGAUUCACAGCAGCCAAGCCAGCCUUCCCAGCAGCCUUCAGUGCAGGCAGCCAUCCCCCAGACCCAGCUUAUGCUGGCUGGAGGACAGAUAACUGGGCUGACCCUGACACCAGCCCAGCAGCAGCUGCUCCUCCAGCAGGCCCAGGCCCAGGCGCAGCUGCUGGCGGCCGCCGUGCAGCAGCACUCCGCCAGCCAGCAGCACAGCGCUGCCGGGGCCACCAUCUCCGCCUCCGCCGCCACGCCCAUGACGCAGAUCCCCUUGUCUCAGCCCAUACAGAUCGCGCAGGAUCUGCAACAACUGCAACAACUUCAACAGCAGAAUCUCAACCUGCAGCAGUUUGUAUUGGUCCAUCCAACAACCAACCUGCAACCAGCGCAGUUUAUCAUCUCACAGACGCCCCAGGGCCAGCAGGGUCUCCUGCAAGCGCAAAAUCUUUUAACACAACUACCUCAGCAAAGCCAAGCCAACCUCCUACAGUCUCAGCCAAGCAUCGCCCUCACCUCCCAGCCAGCAACCCCAACACGCACAAUAGCAGCAACCCCAAUUCAGACGCUUCCACAGAGCCAGGCAACACCAAAGCGGAUUGACACUCCCAGCUUGGAGGAGCCCAGCGACCUUGAGGAGCUUGAGCAGUUUGCCAAGACCUUCAAACAAAGACGAAUCAAACUUGGAUUCACUCAGGGUGAUGUUGGGCUUGCUAUGGGUAAACUGUAUGGAAAUGACUUCAGCCAAACUACCAUCUCUCGUUUCGAAGCCUUGAACCUCAGCUUUAAGAACAUGUGCAAAUUAAAGCCACUUUUGGAGAAGUGGCUAAAUGAUGCAGAGAACCUCUCAUCUGAUUCAGCUCUCUCCAGCCCAAGUGCCCUGAAUUCUCCAGGGAUGGGAAUUGAGGGCUUGAACCGUAGGAGGAAGAAACGCACCAGCAUAGAGACCAACAUUCGUGUGGCCUUAGAGAAGAGUUUCUUGGAGAAUCAAAAGCCUACCUCGGAAGAAAUCACCAUGAUUGCUGAUCAACUUAACAUGGAAAAGGAGGUAAUACGUGUUUGGUUUUGUAACCGCCGCCAGAAGGAAAAAAGAAUCAACCCACCUAGCAGUGGUGGGACCAGCAGCUCACCUAUCAAAGCAGUUUUCCCCAGCCCAGCCUCACUGGUGGCAACCACACCCAGCCUUGUGACGAGCAGCGCAGCAACUACCCUCACGGUCAAUCCAGUCCUCCCUUUAACCAGCGCUGCGGUGACUAACCUCUCUGUUACAGGCACUACGGAGACCGCCUCCAACAGCACUGCGACCGUGAUCUCCACAGCGCCCCCGGCCUCCUCAGCGGCCACCUCCCCCUCCCUGAGCCCCGCCCCUUCUGCCUCGGCCCCCGCCUCCGAGGCCUCCAGCGCCGGCGAGGCCGGCGCCACGCAGACCACCUCCGCUCCCCUGGCCGCCCCUCUCGGGGCCAGCCAGGUCAUGGUGACAGCUUCAGGGCUGCAGACGGCAGCAGCCGCCGCCCUGCAGGGAGCUGCCCCGCUGCCGGCGAACGCCAGCCUUGCUGCCAUGGCUGCGGCUGCGGGGCUCAACCCAGGCCUGAUGGCGCCCUCACAGUUUGCAGCUGGAGGUGCCUUACUCAGUCUCAAUCCGGGAACCCUAGGUGGUGCUCUCAGCCCAGCUCUGAUGAGCAACAGUACACUGGCAACUAUUCAAGCUCUUGCUUCUGGUGGCUCUCUUCCAAUAACGUCACUGGAUGCAACUGGGAACCUGGUAUUUGCCAAUGCAGGAGGAGCCCCCAACAUCGUGACUGCCCCUCUGUUCCUGACCCCUCAGAACCUCUCUCUGCUCACCAGCAACCCAGUUAGCUUGGUCUCUGCCGCUGCAACCUCUGCAGGGAAUUCUGGACCUGUAGCCAGCCUUCAUGCCACCUCCACCUCAGCUGAGUCUGUCCAGAACUCUCUUUUCACUGUGGCCUCUGCCAGCGGGGCUACCUCCACCACCACCACUGCCUCCAAGGCGCAGUGA